UAAUAAUUUUUUAAAAAAUUAAAAAUUUGUGAAAUUUCUAAAAUUAUGAUUCAAAAAAAUUCAAGGAUUAAAAAAACUGUGGAAUAAAAAUUAUUCAAAGGAGAAUCGACCAAAAAUAAACCAGCAUCGGAUUAUAAAAAAAUAUUCUCUGGAUUAAAACAAUUCAUCGGAUUUUUAAAAAUAAUAAUCAAGUGAAAAAAUCAACUUUAUAUUUAUAAAAAAAAAUUUAAAUGAUUUAAAAAAAUCUACAAAAGUAUUUUAUAAUUUUCGUCGACCAAAAAAAACUUUCAAUCAUAAAAAUAUAAAUUUUCAACUCGAAUAAGUGAAAAACCAAAAGUUUGAGACAAUUUUUUUAUAAAUCGCAAAUGGUUGUGCUUGAAGGAGCGAACACGACUGUACCAAUGCUCACUAUAGGAAAUAAUCAAUAUUUACAGCCAGAUUAUAUGUCACCCGGCAACUCAGCGACGAUGGACUCCAAGAAGAGCCCCCUCGCCCUUCUGGCUCAAACAUGCUCCCAAAUCGGAGCCGAUUCAAAUAACGUAAAAUCCCUCGUAUCAUCACCAUCAUCAGCCUCAUCAGGAUUAGAUAAAUCGAAAAAAAUGGAUAAUUCCCAACAACCACAAAAACACCAUCAACAACAACAACAACAACAAAUUCAGCCGACGGCACAAAAAAUGGAUAAAAUAAAUGACCUAAGUUUUAAGCCAUACGAGGUGAACGUGUUGAGUCGUAAAAAUCUAAAUGGCGAUGACAUGCAUCGUCCAUUAUCCAAAGCGAGUAGUGUUGAUGAUAAUUUGAGUGAUGAGAGUAAUAAAUCAAAUGCUAAAAAGGAUAUAAUGUAUAAUAAUUCACGUGUAUCGUCACGCAAUAGUAACCGCGAAUCGCCUGCCAGUGUUAACAGUAAUAAUAAUAACAAUAAUAAUAGCAUUGAUAAUAAAAACCAUAAUAUUAUCGAGAAUGAUAGUGAAAAAAGUGAAUUAAAUAAAUCACCGAGUCUGUCACAAAAGGAGUCACCCGGUGGACUUUCUUCACGAUCAGCAUUGGAUUUACUUCAAUCACAGCAAAAGGAUUUGGGAAUGUACAAAGCCGGUUUCAAUCCAUUUUAUCCAUCUGGCAUUGAUCCAACGAAUCCAGCAUUUAGAUCAUCAUUUACUAGUGCUUUAUCACAACAUCAUGCAUCAAUGUUGGCAGCAGCUGCUGCAUCAGGAUAUCCACAAAAUGCAGCUAAUCCAUACUUGAGCUAUGCACGGAUAAAGACACCGACUGGUGGCGAAGCUCUUGUGCCAGUCUGCAAAGAUCCAUACUGCACAGGCUGUCAAUAUUCAGCACAUAAUCAACAAAUGCUUAUGGGUGUUCCAUGUCCUGCCGGUUGUACGCAAUGUGAGCAACAAAAGUAUGGCUUAGCUAUGGCCAUGUCAUCACUACCUCCAAAUCAUCCAUUUGCACAAAUGUCAAAACCAUUUGCAUGUAAUUGGCUCCUGCCGGAUGGAUAUUGCGGACGAAGAUAUUCAACAACAGACGAGCUGAUUCAGCAUAUGAAGACACACUCACCAAAUCUUUCAGAUCCAGCAACAGCUGCAAGUAUAUUAGCAGCACAACAGUCAGCUGCAUCCCUCAUGCCACCGCUAUUUUUCCCACCUGGUUUACACAGGAGUGCUGCUGGCGCAUAUCCACCAAGUACCUCACCACUUAGUCCAUUAUCAGCGUCACGUUAUCAUCCAUACGCAAAGCCUGGAUCUUUACAGUCAGCUGGAAAUCCAUAUAGCUCAUUUAAUCCCGCAUUAUCGGCAUAUUAUCCACCAUAUUCAUGGAUGACACCAUCACAAAGACUAGGUGCCGCAGCCGCUGCAGCCGCACAUCCAUAACAAUAAAAUUAAGCUUCUCAGAUGCUUUUAUUCGUGUAAAUUUAUUUCUCAACAAAAAAUAUAUAUGAUAAUUUCGUGUGUGUGUGUCGCGCAAGCUGAAAAUACUGUGAUAAAUUCAUACAUAAAAUAAUGAAGAAUAAUUAACUACAGAAAAAAAUUGAGAGAUUAAAAUUAGCUGAUUAUUAUUAUUAUUAUUACUACUAUUCUUAUUACUACUUAUUAUUAUUAUUACAAUUAAUUAAUUAAUUGAUGAUAAACUAUGAGAGCGAGACAAAAGCAACAAAAUAUUAUGUGAAAAUUUUUUUUUGGUGUUAAAAAAAGUGACAAUGCGAAGUAAUUUGUUGUGUGAUCGUAAAGUACCUACUGUAUGGAGGAUAGAUGGAUUAAAAAGAGGAAUUAAAAGUGAGAGAGAAUUAAAUGAAGUUUAAACAAAAGAGGAUUUUUUUUGUGAGGUGCAAAAAAUUACUUUUGAAUCCAUUGAGAAAAAAUUUGUUCUCAUGAUUUUUGAUGAUUUUCGUGAAUUUUACAUGUUUUUUAUUUGGAUUUUUUUUUUCUGUGGAUUAUUUGAAAAAUUUUUGGUACUUUUUGAUUGAAGGAUUUAGUUUUUAUCAGACCCCCUCUCUUCCCCCCUCUUAAAAACGUAAAGCAUGGGGAGGGCCUUGCCUUUUGAGCUGGAUUAGAACAGAAUCUAUUGAACCACAACCCCUACCCUUCUUGCUAGCAAAAUUGAUCAUAAAAAGCGCUAGUCUAGGGUUGAGUUAUAUAAAAUCAGGCAACUUCUUAGUAGGUUUUGAGAUAUUGCUGUUAAUUAGUGACUUUUGGUCCCUUUUUAUACACUUUAAGGUUCGAUAAUGGAUCUAGACCUUUGAAAAACCCUAAAUUUGCAAUUUUGUGAGCUAUUUAUUGAUAAAGGCUGAUUUUGUAAUGCUAUAGCCGAAAGUAAUCUAUAAGUUUUAUAACAAAACAUACAAAUUGUCCUGAAAACAUAGAAGUCAGGACUAAAUCAUGAAUAAAGAGGUUAGCAUUAGCCACCUUAGCACCAUAGUAAGACCAUCAAAAGCAGGUCAUAGAAAAUCAUUCAUAAAAUGACUAUGUCACUUUUAUGACCAUCUAGAAUGAUUGAUUCUUGAUAAUCAAUUAAUCCAAAA